AAGAAGAAGAAGAAGCCAGUGAAACCGGAAAUGUCAACCGAGUGACUGCGAAGCGAAUAAGAGACUGCAUUAUUAUAACUCUAGCUACUUUAUAUAACAUGAUGGAUUGCUAAUUUAAAGGAAGAAGCAGUCAUAAUAAAUCGUCAGAGAGCAAACUGCGAAUAUGACAAAUGUGUACUCUUUUGAUGGCAUCCUGGUGUUCGGCCUGCUGUUCAUCUGCACUUGUGCAUACCUCAAAAAGGUGCCUCGCCUCAACAACUGGCUGCUAUCAGAGAAGAAAGGAGUGUGGGGCGUCUUCUAUAAAGCUGCGGUAAUUGGGACGCGGCUUCACAUUGCCGUGGCAAUUUCCUGUUUGGGCAUGGCGUUCUACAUUGUCUUCUUGAAAUGAUAGAGUCAGACUGGACUAAAAAGGACCAGACGGGUGCAGGCGGGGGAUGGACUCCUCUCUGUGGUCAUGUACUAAUCCUUGUUGGGGAGAAACCUCUUGGAUUACGUGACUGAUGAAACCCCAUUGGCCCUGUGGAUCCAUGUGAAAGACUAGCCAGUGCUUCCCCCUUCUGGUGACUGGGUACAUAAUUCCUCCCUUGAUGUGUGUGCACACUGCACUACAGACAUGACGGGCAUCCGGAAUCAACUCCACAGUUGUUACAGAGGAGAGAGCCAGUUCGGUCUCUUUUUAUCAUUGUAUUGUAGGGUAACACUGUUGGUUGUCUCCAUCCACACCCCAUGCAUAUUUAUAUUAAAGGAUGCAGAAGAUUGAAGGGCAGUGUGUGCAUUGUACCGUAUACCUGUAUACAACCUAAAAUUAGCCUAGCUGUAUAUAUUUGGAAAAAGAUAUGACCAAUAGAGAUUUGCCAGAGGUUAUGUGUGAUCAAACUGAAAAUGAUCUAUUCUGCUUGCUCCCAGCUAUGCUGUUUUUUCUGUAUCACCUCUUGUGUCAAGGGUGAGGGGAAGAUAAACAAAGCUAAUAUAUAAAGAUGUUCUUGUGUACUACUUUACUUUUUUUUGGGAUCUCUUACUUUUCCUCAACAGUGCUGUUUGGCAUCUCUUAAGCUUUGUUUUAGGUUUGAAAUACACAUUUUGCACAGGUGUAUGUUGUAUUUACGACAUUGCCAUCUAAUAAUAGUUAACAUGUCACAAAUUGUUACAAAUUGAACUGUAAGACACGUAGGAUUCAAAGUUCUACCACAACUGUAGAGUAUCGCAGAGAGAAUAAUUUUUCGAAGAGUCGUAUCUCAACAUACUGUUAAAAAAAUAUAAUAGCUAUAUCAGACCCGCCUGAAUAUUUAAAUGCAAUGCCAAAUAGGGACGGUGCUUCUCAUGUCUAUAAAUUACAUACUGUUAUUCUGAGUUUAAUUCUGCCACCUUAUUUCAUAUUUUUAAAAGAAGACAUUGUUUUGAUAGGGGAUGCAAUGCAAUUUUCAGUAAAACAUUAACCACACAA